GAAGAGAUGGCUCAUUUCCUACAAAUUGCGAAAAAGACUGCGGAUCAAAUUCGUGCUUCGCAUGAGAAUAAAGAGGGUAAAUGGGAUCAUAUCACAUUGGAGGAAAUCUCUAAAGUAGACAAAUGCAUUCAAGAAAAAUGGACUUGGUUGGAAGAAAAGCGUGCACUGCUAAGUAAAACUCCACGUACGCAACAACCUCCAAUUUACACUAAUCAGAUUCGAACAGAAAAACAGUCCGUCGAAAACUUCAUCAAGCCUAUUCUUAAUAAACCAGCCCCGAAAGUGGAACCCCCCAAAGAGGAAGUAAAAGACAAGAAUGAGAAACAACCACAGGCUCAGAAUAACGGUCAAUCCGGCACAGAAGAACAAAUGGAUGUCGACGGUGCUAAUGCACAAGCAGAAUAAUCUCAGGCCCCCUCACCUCCUCGUUCACUCAGUUAUAAGUUUAAUGAAAAGCGUAAAACUAUUUUGAGGCGUAACAAGCGAAUCAUACCUCGUCGCAGAAUAUAGCCAGUGCGAUUAAUUUUUUUCCUUUAGUACGAGCGACUAUUAUGCUAUUCCUGUAUGUAUAUGUAUUACUUCAUGGGCAUCGAAUGCAAUCAAACAUGUAUGUGUAAUAAUAUAUUGUGUUUGCGAGUUAAAAGAAAAAAAAUGACAAGAUGUUCAUGAAUUAGUGUGUUUAUUGAGAGAAAAAGUGAGCAUUUAUAUCUUAAUAAUUAUUAGGUAACGUCCAUGAGAGUAUCAGCUGCGUUGAGGAGUGAUUGUUUUUCGAAUAUUAGUUAACAUAAAUGAUAACAAAAAUUUCAAAACAGCACUUUGUUUUUGAUAACUCAUAAAACGUAAAUUCCUUCUUUUUAAUUUGAAAAAUGUUAAGAUUGUGGAAUUGAAAUGAAAAUAUGAAUGGCUUCAAUGAUAAGUAAUGUUUAAAAUUGACUUUUUCCCUUAUUCAUCCAUUUGUAGAACUCAUUUAUUAAUAAUUUAGUAGUGCACGCUAUCUCGAUAGCAUUAAUAAUUAUAUACGUAACGUAUAUUUUCGUUGUUGUCAAUAUUCCACAAGUAGAAAUGGAUUAAUUGUUUGAGCUACGUGCUCAAAUUUAUGAAGAUUUAUAGUCAGAGAAUUAAUUUUUUACAUGGUGUUUAUGCUCUUUGAAAAAAAUGAAAUUUUUUUGGCAAUUUUUAUCAAUUAAAAUUUUUCGCUUUUACGAGUUUCCGAUACAAUAAAAAAGUUUAUAACAAAUUCGUGGUAAAGAAUGUUAUAGGAAAAUUUUUCGUGUAAUUUUAUACCUUUGAAUCACUUAUAGACUAAACGUAUUUCUUGAAAAUCAUUGACAACAGUUUUAAAAAAACUGAUUCUUUUUAAAUUAUUUUUGAAAAUGUGAAAAAUAUCUUAUACACCGCCAAAGUAACUUCACAACUUACAUGUCUAAGAGUAGUAAAUGUAUGGUGUAACAACUGGAAACAUGUAGACAUGACAAUUGUAUUAUUCUAAAUUGAAUAGAGUUAAAUUAAAAUCGCUGGCGAUCUCAUUAAAAAUCGACAACUUCAAACUUUAAAUUAUUGUACAACACCAAUGCAACAUUUAAAUACAUUUUCAGUGUGGGUUAAUAACACAUUUAUUGCAUUUUAGAUGUAUUGAAGUAACAAAAACUGAUAAUUAAGUUAAAAAUUAUAUUGCUUCUCAUAAAAUGAUAUAGUUUGAGCAGAUACACUAAUAUAUUUAUAGAAAAAUAGUUUGCAGUUGAAGAAUUGUGAAUAUGAUUCAAAAUUAA